AUGCGUGAAAAUCUUGAGAUGCAUGAUAUUCUCAAGAAUCACACGCUAUUACAAUCUGAUCCUCUUGACCCGCGCGAUGCGUUUUUCGGCGGUCGUACAGGAAACAUCGCUACCCGAUAUGAAAUUACGAGUACAGAGAAAAUACGUUAUGUGGACGUAUGCUCUUUGUAUCCGUAUGUAUUGAAAACGGGUGCUUUCCCUCGAUACGGUCACCCCGAUAUUUAUGUCGGUGAGGACUGUAACGAGUUAAUUGGUGAAGCGCCAAAUUUUAAUUUUGAUUCGGUCGAAGGUCUUGUACGCUGCAAGGUGCUCCCGCCGCGUAAUCUCUUUCAUCCGGUACUCCCGUAUCGAGUAAGAGGAAAGCUGCUUUUCGCACUGUGUCGAAGCUGCUGCGAAACUUUCUCGCAGGAAACGUGCACUCACGAUCGUCCCGACGAGCGUGAAUUCGAAGGUACUUGGGUAUCCUGCGAAUUACGCAAAGCCAUCGAGAAGGGCUAUCUCGUGACGAGCGUUAGUGAAAUUUGGCAGUAUAAAGUCACACGAUACGAUCCCAAUACUCGGCAGGGAGGUUUGUUUGCCGAAUAUAUAAAUACAUUUCUACAAUUAAAGCAGGAAGCUAGUGGAUGGUCGAGCGAAUGCGGGGAUAACGAUGACGAUGCUAAGGAACGUUUCCUGAGGGAAUACGAAAAAACCGAGGGUAUCGUUCUCGAUAGAAAUAACAUUACUCGAAAUCCCGGUUUGCAUUCAGUCGCUAAGCUUUGUCUAAAUUCAUUUUGGGGAAAAUUCUGCCAGCGAAGCAAUCUGCCUAAUACUGAGAUCGUAAAGUCAUACCAACGACUAAUGACUUUACUCACGAGUCCGGAGCAUGAGGUAACUGAUAUAUUACCCGUCAAUAACGAGGUAAUAUACGAGUAUGUUUCGUGGCGGCUACGUGAAGAGGCGGUCGCAUCUUCUCCGAUGACGAACGUCGUAAUCGCGGCAAAUACGACGGCGUUAGCGAGAUUAAAAUUAUACGAUUAUUUAGAAAAAUUAGAUAAACGCGUUUUAUAUUACGAUACAGACUCAUAUAUCUACUUAAGUACCGGUGAGCCGAAUGAGUACGAACCGCGUACGGAUAAUUUUCUGGGCGAUAUGACGGAUGAACUCGAAAGCUACGGCCGCGAGAGUUUAUUUUAUUACGCGGAGUGGCAAGAAGCUUAUCGACAAUUACAAUACGACGAUCGUGAAAAAGAGAUCGAAGAACAGAAUUGGCGACGCAUUAACGUUAAAGCGACGAAGAAGAACGUAAUUGAAUUUCGCGAGGGAUUACCUCGUUCGGAGGAUUACUCGAACGAUCCGCUCUCCCCGAAAUUAGUGAUAAUCGACGAUCUUAUGAGAGAAUCGUCGUCGAGCGACGCGAUCGUGGAUCUUUUCACUAAAGGAAGUCAUCACAAGAAUCUCAGUGUCAUUCUUAUCUCGCAGAAUCUCUUCCAUCAGGGACGUGGUCAGCGCGAUAUAUCACUCAACGCGAAUUACAUCAUCGUUUUCAAAAAUCCAAGUGAUCGCGCUCAAAUUCGUAAUUUAGCGCGUCAAAUCUAUCCCGACGAUCCGAAAUUUCUAGAAGAGGCAUACUACGACGCUACGUCGAGGCCUCACGGUUAUUUGUUGCUCGAUCUGAAACAAUCAACCCCGAACGAGUACCGAUUUCGAACAUGUAUUUUUCCCGAGGAUACGACUCAUUACAUCUACGUGGCACGUAGAUCAUUUUCUAGGGAAUUCGUAUAA